AUGACACAUUUUCCUCGUAUCAAAAUAGAAUCCAAGAAUCUAUGUCGCUUAUUAAAUGAAAAAAAUGUGCUGGAUAUUUCAAUAUUCAGUUUGGUUGCUUUGAGUAAGUUGGGUAAAGUUUGUUUCUGUAAUUGCUGCCGUAUUUUUUUUAUCUCUCUCAUUCUCUUUUUGUAUCUCACUCUUUGUCCUUUUGUAUCUAUCUCUUGGACCUUCUUUCUGUCUCUCUCUCUCUCGUGGGCCCUCUUUCUGCGUCUCUCUCUCUCUCGCGUGGAUCCUCUUUCUGUGUGUCUCUCUCUCUCUCGUGGACACUCUUUCUGUGUCUCUCUCGUGAACCCUCUUUCUGUGUGUGUGUCUCUCUCUCGUGGACCCUCAUUCUGUGUGUGUCUCUCUCUCUCUCGUGGACCCUCUUUCUGUGUGUGUUUGUGUCUCUCUCUCUCGUGGACCCUCUUUCUGUGUCUCUCUCUCUCUCUCGUGGACCCUCUUUCUGUGUGUGUGUGUCUCUCUCUCGUGGACCCUCUUUCUGUGUGUGUCUCUCUCUCUCGUGGACCCUCUUUCUGUCUCUCUCUCUCUCUCGUGGACCCUCUUUCUCUCUCUCUCUCUCUCUCUCUCUCGUGGACCCUCUUUCUGUGUGUGUCUCUCCCUCUCUCGUGGACCCUCUUUCUGUCUCUCUCUCUCGUGGACCCCUCUUUCUCUCUCUCUCUCUCUCUCUCGGACCCUCUUUCUGUCUGUCUGUCUCUCUCUCUCUCCCUCUCUCGUGGACCCUCUUUCUGUCUGUCUCUCUCUCUCUUUUAA